AGAACUUAUGUCAGUGAACAGACACACUUCAGCGAAGGAAGACCUACACUUGUUUGGAAGUUUAGCACCGGACAUGGACCCAGUACAGAAAGAGGAAACAACGUCAUUCAUUAAUGAGAUCCCCAGUGAACACUCGAAACCAACAUCAGGAGUAGAGAGGGAAUGUAAACCCGACCGAGGCCACUGGGACCGGAAGCUGGACUUCAUCUUGUCCCUCAUUGGCUAUUCAGUGGGCGUGUCUAAUCUAUGGCGGUUUCCCUAUCUGUGCCUGCGCAAUGGAGGAGGGGCUUUCCUCGUUCCAUAUUUCUUUUUCCUGCUUGUCACUGGAAUCCCGAUGUUUUACUUGGAGGUGUGUUUGGGUCAGUUCUCGGGAACGAGUCCGCUGUUCGUCUGGAAACUAUGCCCUCUCUUCAAAGGGAUAGGGUAGGGGUCGUGUUUGUCUCUGGGAUCACAAGCAUCUACUACGUGGCCGUGCUAUUUUGGGUCAUGUUUUACUUCAUCAACGCUUUCUAUCCAACACUACCCUGGAUGACGUGUGACAACUGGUGGAACACGGACACAUGCAUCGGCCCUGUCCAUGGUAAUGGCACUGGUUUGAUCUCGACACUUCACGUCACAAUCUCUGACAUUAGUAAUCAUUCCGAUAAUGUAACUGUCUUUCUGAGGUCUUUCAUCGGCAACCUAUCUUCGAGAAAUGUAUCUAGGAAUGGAUUUGAUGACAAAACGGCAACUGAGGAAUUUUGGCAGUAAGUACCAUAUUAGCUAACUUUCCUGUGAUGAGGGUGCACUUGCUAACAUCUCUGUUGCAAUCACGUUUUCAAGAUAUAUUUAAUGUUCUCUGUUUCUUGCGACAGCACAUGACAACUUUGACUCAAUUAGAGGUUUGAGGUGAAGACUGAAAUACUAUUACAUUUUAUGAAACAGUUCUGCCAACAAAUAGUUAUAUAUUAGGCAUAUUGCGUAAACAUAGAUUAUCGGUAAGGAACCAAGAUGAAAAAAAUUAACAAUUAUUGCUAUCUAAUACUCCUCAAACUUUUAAUAUUUUGCAAAAUAUGCAUUUCUUGGUAAGAAAAUGGGACAGCUGUACUUUGACCAAAUUGUUGUAUCAUGUUGAAUAUUGUCAUAUUUUAUGGCGCUUGAAUCACUUAGCAAAACUUUAUGCACUUGUAUAAGAGGCCUAUGUGCCCCCCUUACAGAAAUAAACGUAUUCAUUCAGUAAGGAAUAAUGAAGGUGAACAACAUUAGAAAAGAUAUGCAAUCAGAUCCCACUGGUACGAGGAAAAAGACUAUUGGCUUCCAUUUGUAACCUUGACCUCAUUUGUAACCUUGAACCUCAUGUUCAGAACCCCGACUUGGCAGGAUAUUCAGAUUAUCCAAACAUGGUACACUUUGUCUGAUGUACAUUUAAAUAAACUACACACCACACUGCCAGUCAUGGCAGUAUACAAAUUCAGAUUUGAUCCUCAUGUACACAUAUUAUGGGUACUACGUGCUUCGCAAGUCCAAUGGUUUGGAUGACGUGGGAACAAUCCAACCUCAUCUCGUAGGAUGUCUCUUUGUGUGUUGGCUGAUUAUCUUCCUGUGUCUCAUCAAGGGUAUCAAGUCUCUCGGCAAGGUUGUGUAUGUCACAGCACUUCUUCCGUACAUCUUGCUGACGAUUCUACUGAUUCGAGGUCUGCUUCUACCAGGUGCUACGGAUGGCAUCAAGUUUUACAUACACCCAGACUUUUCAAAGCUUGCCGAUUACUCGGUGUGGAUCGAGGCAGCUCUGCAAGUGUUCUUCUCCCUUGGUGCAACCUGGGGGUCAGUCAUCACCAUGGCCAGCUACAACAAAUUCCACAACAACUGCUUCAGGGACUGCAUCAUAGUGAGCCUUGCUGAUGGUCUGACCAGCUUCUACAGUGGCUUCGUCAUCUUCUCCGUGGUUGGUUUUAUGGCCAAAGAAGCCAACGUUAGCGUCGCUCAGGUGGCUACAGAAGGCCCUGGUUUAGCAUUAGUGGCCUACCCAGAAGCUAUCACCAAGAUGCCCGUACCCCAACUGUGGGCCGUGCUCUUUUUCCUCAUGCUCUUCUCAUUAGGCCUGGACAGUCAGUUUGGGAUGUUUGAAAACCUUGUGGCGGGGAUUAUCGACGCCUUCCCAAACAAGUUGCAACGUUACAGGAUGUUUGUAACUGGAGGGGUCUCCCUUCUCUACUUCCUCCUUGGCCUGCCAUUAACGCUUAAUGGUGGUAUCUACAUUUUCCAGUUAAUGGAUUGGUUCACUUCCGCCUUUUGUUUGGUCAUUACUAGUCUUCUCGAAUCCGUCAUCAUAGGCUGGAUAUAUGGGGUUCAACGAUUUGGUCGUGACAUAGAGCUGAUGCUUGGAAGACAACCGGGCGUCAUUAUGCGUUUCUGCUGGUGUAUCUCUAACCCUGUCAUACUGCUGAUGGUAUUUGUUGCGACUCUAACUAGUUACCAGAUGCCGACAUACGACGGGUACACGUACCCUGCUGCAGCCAGGGGGAUAGGGUUCCUGUUCUCGAUGCUACCAAUCGUUCCAAUACCUGUAAUUAUGGUAUGGGAGCUCAGCAGGACCAAAGGGACAUUAUGGCAGAGGUUCUGUCAGACACUACGACCUUCAAAGGAUUGGAAACCUGCACUGACUGAUUACCAUGCCGAUUACACUACAGACAAUCACGAAUUUGUGUUGCCAUUGAUGGCGAUUAUACCAUGUAGGGAGACUAAAUAGAAUAAUAUCUGGGAUCGAAUUGCUUGACUUAUAUCCUCGUAUCUCUGCAGUUUUACAUCUGUAUCUUUAGUUGUUCGUUAAUGGGUGGACGUUAAUUGGGCCAUGUAGCCACUGUGUCGAUUCAGCAAGGUGUAUGACAGUCUGUUGUUACUUCAGAAUAAUACCAUGCGUUAAUAUGCAUGUAUGUAUACAAGGUGUAUGACAGUCUGUUUGUUACUUCAGAAUGACACCAGGCGUUAAUAUGCAUGUGUGUAUACAAGGUGUAUGACAGCCUGUUGUUACUUCAGAAUGAUACCAGGCGUUAAUAUGCAUGUAUGUAUACAAGGUGUAUGACAGCCUGUUGGUACUUGAGAAUGAUACCAGGCGUUGAUAUGCAUGUAUGUAUACAAGGUGUAUGACAGCCUGUUGUUACUUCAGAA